AUGGUCCUCACGAGCAGCCAAAUCUGCUCCAUGCUUUUCACCGAUGUCGGCAACGGCUUCUACAACUGUACAUCCUGCGACAAGCAGUACAAGAAGGGCAAUGGCUACACGAACCUGCUGAGCCACCUGCGGCGCAACCACGACAACUACGAGCUAGAGGCCCAGGAGGCGUCACGCCGCCAGAACCCGCUGCGCCUACACCUCGUCAGCACACGGACCAGGGACCUAUACCGCUGGCUCGAGUGGGUCGUCUGCGACCGCCUCCCGUUUGCGUUCGUAGAGCGGCGGCUCACGCGCCUCAACGCCUCCCUCUCUCUCGUGUCGGAGGACACCCUCUCCAAGUACAUCGUGCUGAUUUUCGAGCUGCUAGAGCUGCGCGUCGCUCGCGAGCUCCCUGCAUCGUUCGGCCUCGUUCUAGACGGGUGGACCAGUGGUGGUCGUCACUACAUCGCGAUAUUCGCGGUAUUCGGCAGCGACAGUACCGGUAUUACCGGUGGCGGCGCUGACAACGAGUACUAUGACGAUCUCGAGUGCUCAUCGCGCCGCUUCCUGCUGUUAACAUUCGCUCCAGUAGAGGUCGAGGAAGACAUGGGUGCGCAGAGUCAGUACGACCUGAUCGCUGACACGCUGUCUCGCUAUAACAAGCCAUGGAGCGCGGUGAAGUUCAUGGUGGGAGACAACUGCUCUGUGAACCAAUGCAUCGGCCGGAAGGAAGGGGCUAUCCCCUUCAUUGGAUGUGCUAGCCACAGAUUCAAUUUGGCGGUGAAGGACUUCCUCAAGACCGAGGACGAGCUCAUUGCGAAGGUGCACGCGCUGAUGACCAAGCUCCGGACGAUCAAGGGCCGCGCUCUGCUUCGCCGCGUCUCCCAUCUGUCGCCUCUGUUGAGGUACGACACCAGGUGGUCGAGCACGUACGAGAUGGUGGCGCGCUAUGUGAAGCUCCAGCCCGCCAUAAUCAAGCUGGGCCAUGACCUUCUGGUCAAGUACGAAGUACAGCCGCUUUUGCUGCGGCGCGCCGAGCACGAGCGAGCCAGGGCGUUGGAGAAGGACCUGGAGAAGUUCGAGGGAGGGGUGAAGGAGUACCCUGCACUCAAGUCACGACUGGCCGCAACGGCUCCGAUCGUCAACAACCCGCAUUUAGAACUGGGCCUCGUCAAGCUUCAGCGCGAAGAGGCGUUGACGGCCGCGGAACGGUCGGCGUGUGCCGAGUUUAGAUCGACGACCCUUGAAUGGGCACCAGCGCGGGAGGACGGCAACAGCUCUAUCGUCAAGGCGGCGUUCAAGAAGAGGAAGGCACCGAGGCGCUCGCAAUACGUGGACGUCGCCUACGUGCCGCCGACGUCCAACGAGUACGAGCGCUUUUUUUCGGCGGCGAAGCUGGUGCUCACAGACGUGCGGAAGAGUCUCUCCCCCACCAUGCUCGAGAUGCUGAUGUGUCUGCAGUACAACCGCGACUUGUGGGACGUCAACACGGUGGAGCAGGUUCGUGCACGAAUUGGCAGCAAUUAA